UUGUUGGAGGCCGCCAGUCGUGUGGGUGAUGCUAGUAGGUCCUUGCUCUAUCUGGUCGCUAGCACGGCUGUUCCAUUGGGCUCUUCAACCUCGACUCACCUAAAUCAGGCUAACCAGGGCAUGGUCUCGUCCUUUUCUACGGCAGCUCCAGGCGAAACCAAUGGCUUUGGAGAUGCAGGAGGCGAAUUUGUGGGCCCGAUCAACCCUGAACACCUUGCUGGUGACCGCAUGCUAGCAGCUACAAGGGUAUACUUUUUUAGUCUGCCGAUGAAUUCAUUAGCUCUAGGCGGAUCUAUGGCAUAA